AUGCGCGAUGAGAGCCUGGUGGAGCGGGUUGUGCGAGCCACCAACCACGCCAAGAGUGCCUUGAUGGCUGGGUACACCACCUACCGCGACCUGGGCACCGAGGGUUUGCGAGACGCGGAUGUCAGUUUCAGAGACACCAUCAAUCGCAGCAUCAUACCUGGUCCCCGCAUGUUCGUCGCGACCGAGACCAUCGCGUCAAGUAGCGGGUACGAGAUCAGGCAGGAGAACGGCAUGCCGGGCGUGGACACCACUAUCCCGAGGAUAUCCGAUUCCGCCGAUGGCGUCGACGGCGUCCGGACAGCCGUGCGCAGGCGACUCGGUGCGGGCGCCGACAUAGUCAAGUUCUACGCGACUACCGGAAACGGCGGCUGCGGUUUCCCGCGCCGGCAUGGCAAGGAGCGCGGGAGAUCAUAUCAGAACCCCAAUCUGCUCCUCUUCACGCAGGAGGAGAUGGACGCGAUGGUUUCGGAGGCGAAGAGGGGACAUGCUCCCAUUUCUGCCCAUGCCCAAAGCCCCGAGGGCGUGAUCAUGGCUGCGAAGGCAGGUGUCACGACUAUCGAGCAUGGCUUCAUUCCCAGCGACGAGGCAUUAGACGCGAUGAAAGAGAACAACACCAUUUUCGUGCCAACGCUGGCCGUGCUCGAGACGGAGUUACGUCCAGAACCAGAGAGCCGUACUCCGAACGACGUGCUCAAAAAAUUUCUCGACCACACGAAGGCAGCCUACGACAGAGGCAUCAAACUUGCCUGUGGCGGCGACACUGGUGCUUUUGCCCAUGGGGACAAUGCGCGCGAGCUGGAGCUGAUGAUCGAAGCUGGGUUGCCUCUCGAGGACGUCUUGCAGGCGGCAACGUUGCACGGCUGGGAGGCUUGCGGGGGCGACCUUUGCGGCAGGAAAUUUGGCUGCAUAGAAGAGGGCCGCGCUGCUGAUAUCGUCGCUCUGGGUGGCAACUUGGCGGAGGAUCUCGGCGCGUUGAGGAAGGUGAAGUUCGUGAUGAAGGAUGGAACGGUGUACAAAGAAGAGCGUACACAAGGAUUCGAUAUACAUACACGAAGUGGCUUGAUGCCCAGGAAAUGA